AUGUGUCAUGUUGAAGUUGUUUUACCUGAGAGGUUUUCUAUUAAGAGAACGGAACUAUUCUUUAAAGUGGUGUAUGAGAGGUUUGGUCGGUGGUCCAGUGAGGUGAGUCGUGAGGGGGAGGACCCUGAACUAGGUACUGGGGCAGUUCGGAGACCUAUUGAAGGGUGGGAGGAGCCCCUGGAGGCCUCAGGCUACCAUGUCCUCACACCUCAGCGGCUGAUUCCCGCUAGUCUUACUGAUGUUAUUCGCUCCUCCUCCUGUCCAGGAGGCGACAGAGGGGGAGGAUAUGUAGGAAUAGGAGCAGAUGGGACCUGUCAAAACCAGGACUUCCUAACUAACCUGCUGGUAUAUCAGUACCUAUCCGGCAGCAUCCCUGGAGGCCCAUCCAGUUCACACCCUCAGCUGGCUGCCCUACUCGGCUCUCAGGGACCAGCGACCACCACGGUGACGAGGGUGUCCAAGACGGUGACGACGCUGAGCGUGGACGUGGCGCCCACCACGCAGUUCACCACAUCCACCACCUCUUACGUCACCACUAUUACUUCCGUUGAAUCCAAGGUCAUCCCCGUCAUCUUCCGCGGCUCGAAGAUCACCACCACCAUCACAGAGUCCAAUGAGGAGGUGAUCACGGCGACUGAGUACUUCACUGAGUCUUCCGUCUUCCAGCCCUCCAUAGUCCAGACGCUGCCAGUACACAUCACCCUGACGGAGACUAGGACCCGAGGCCUCAAUGGACAAUACUCGGUGUUCGAUGUGACACUAGGGGCCACCUCCGUCGUUCACGAGCCAACCACCACCUCCACACUGGACCUGGACGCCACUGGGUUAGAUCUGGCUAACUUGGACCUGUCGCAGUUAGACCUAACUAGUCUAACAGGUGGCUUACAGGGUCCAGAUAUUGACAGUCAGAUGUUGGCAGCACUUUCUUCACUGCUCCAGAAUUAUGACGAGCAGGCGGGAGGUGAUCCUUUCAGUGACUCAACGACCUCCAGCAGCCCAAGCAGCAGCAGCAGCAGCGGCAGCAGCAGCGGCAGCAAUGGCGGUGUCCGAAAUUUCAGAGGUCCUCCAUCCAGGAACAGAAAUACUGGCGCCAGUAGAUUCAGUGAACCGCAAGAUUACACUGAUUAUGAAGAUCCAGUGGAAGAGACUCCGAAGUUCAAUGUGCUGCGCGGUUUUACCCUCAGUGACCGUGUGGCUAGUGUGACUUCUGGUGGUUCAUCAUCAUCAUCCACGGGCAGGGCGGCGACCGACACGCGCUACAGCAAGUUUCAUCGAAAAGAAAGAGUUGAUACCAACGGCAUCAGCACGACAGAAUCCAGUCCUCGAGAAAACGAAAGAUUUUCUGCUUCAAAUCGUCGCCGCACAUUCUCAAGGACCAGUGAUCAGCGGCGACCCGCCACCAUAGGAAGUAGCGGCAGAGCUCCAAGCACACGCUUCGUUCCAGCUGUUGAGUCUCAGUAUUUCGAUGAAGAGACGCCUUCAUUCCGACCUUUUGGCCAAAGACGUGACCGUGAAAUAUCUACACGGCGCCGCGGAAACCUGGAAGACCGAGGGUCGUCUUCGCCUCCUCGCUCCAGAAGUAUGCCGCGACCCCGAGUGACCACUAAUUCUAUACCACCUAUUGGGGGUAUACGUCAAGAGGACAGAUCCAAAGUCCCAGUGAAGCCCCCAGAGACCCCAGAACCUUCACCUGUAGGUGGAGGUCUGAGCACAGUCUUAACCAUGUACAUCAGUGGUUCUGAACCUGGCCAGUUCCACACAAGAGUUCAAACUAUCCUCCUUCGGUCUCUCGGCUCCUCUCGAAGGCGCAGAAAUGUAAAUGAGCAACCAAUGACUAAAUUAUAUUCAUCCACUGCAACUACUGUGUCAUCAACGAGCACCAGGAUCCCCGAGAUGCCUCCAGUAACAGACCCACAGAAGAUCGUAAAUCUUCUGAAAACUUUAGACCCCAACCAAGUGCGUCAAAUGCUUCACUCGUUACAGAAGUGGGUAGACUUCUAUAGCCAAGAAGUCCUGGAUGAGAGUGAAAAUGAAAUACUGCCGGAGUUGACCUCGUCUCUCAGUAUGGAGAGCUCAGAGGUGGAGAGCAGUGCUACGACAGCCUUACCCAGUUCUCCGUCACUCCUAGCAGGCGUCCCGCGGGCUAGUAACCUUUGUCCCGCACCACCAACGUUUACCACCACUGUGUAUCGUACUAUAGUGGUCACCUCUGGAGCAGAAGUAGAAGUUUCUGAUAUUAAGUUUUAAAAAUUUCCUACCAACCCCCUUCCCCUUCCUCCCUCCCUGGCAAGAACUGAACCCUCUGAGUGGAGCUGCCAGGGUGGGCGUCAGCCUCCUGACAUGAGGCUGUCAGCACCUCAGUAGCCUGGUGGUAUUUAUGAGAGUGUGUCUUCGCUGUAUAUAAUCGCUUGUGCGUACCUGGACUGUAUAUAAAUGUGUACAUGAUGUAUGUACGUUUGUGUGUGUGCGUGAGGGACCCACCCCAGCUCAAAUAAUCCAAAUGCCUCAAGGACGUCGAGGACCAGGUGGGAGUGCUUUGGAGACCUGUUGACCCCAACUGUCGACUCACCUUAUCCUUUAUUUAAAUUCAAGGUCAUCAGUUACAUCUUAGACUUUAAUCUAAAACAGCAGAGUUAGGAAUCAGAACAAAUAUUUUCAAAGAAUAAAAAAUAUGGAUAAUUCUUACAUGAAAACUAAACCUUCCAAUAGAGUACUUGGAACCAAGGAAAGUUCUGGUCUUUAUUUUUUUGCAUUUGUCGAUUCUAAUUUCCUGAAAAAAAAUCACCGAAAGUGAAUAUAUUAAGCAGCAUACAUUUUUGAGAUAUUUAUUUGAUGUCUCUAUGAAUAUCUUCGUGGCAUGUCUGUAAAGCACUCCCCAGCGUCACACUGUAUAAACUCCUUCCAGCCCGAAAAUUGUUGGAAGAUAAUUAUUAGCUUUUGGUAUGUAUCAUAUCAUCGUUUGCAGUUAGGUGAAAUUAAUUUACAUAUUUUUUAUUUUUUUUUCAUUUCACUUAUUAAAAGAAUCGUGUCUGAACCACUCGCCAAAAUCUACGUUGAGAGAACAAGAUAAUUCUUUUGGGGGGAUUUAUUUUCAGUCUGUAGUUGAACUGUCACCAUUGCAUAACAUACCGGUACAAUUGGUAGUUUUGUGUUUAAUUUUAGGCCAGUUAUGACUGAUUAAAAGAAUAAUAAAACUUUACAGCAGGCAAUGUGGUUCUUUGAUUCUACAGCGAUGUGGAACUUUAAAUCAUGUAUUGGAAAACUAUGUAGAACUUUAAAAUCUGAAGAAAAAAUAAUUAUUAAUAAUCCUACAAACAGGAGAUUACCGGGCAAACUGUUUUGAUCGUAAAUUAUGGCGAUUGUUUCAACUUUUUAAGAUUUUUGUGUAAUAUUUGUUUUCUUGUUAAACGAUUACCAAUGUAUUCUCGACUGUCUUGUACGAGUCUUGUUAAUUCUCUAGAGUCUAUGAUAUAGAGCGACAUAUAUACUGUAUAUUGUGGUGAAGUGUGAGGGUAUGUGGGCUGGAUUCUUCUCUAGGGGCAUUUUGUAGUCAUUCCAAGAAAUUUCUGAUUGAUAUUUUUUUUUUUUUUAGAAAUUAUUGAUUGGGAGGAUUGUCAAUGAUUCAAACUCUUGUCUUGGUCUGCCAUAACUCUAUAGGUGUCAGGACACCCGGGUUCUGGGAACGUAAAUUCUGUGAUUAGCUAAUCAGUCAACUUAAUCCACGGUCAUUGAUAACCUUAGUCAUUGUUGGCAAAAUUUUUCGAUUAAAUGAUAAAUAAAUCUAGCCCAAGGUAACAGUUACCUGGCCAGUGAUGACGCAUCCCUUGAUUGGCUGACUGGUUAACUUGGGCCGUAGUGCCGCUAAUUUGAUCGAUAAUGACGCAGACUGAAUGAACGGCUAAGCACUUUACUUGGUCUUUGUUAUCGGUUCGUGACAAACAAAUAAAUAAACACAUUCCUCUCUUUCUCGGAAUUCAUUCACUAACCAAAGGGUUUGUUGCCUUCAAUGGCAAGGUUCUGUGAGUAAGAGUUUAAGCUUAACACAUCCAUCUGGCCGGUUCAGAAGAGGGUUGUUGUAUGACCACAAACCCCAGAUUUUGUAGAAAAAAUUAUCUUAUAGCAAAACGAUUCACCGAUUAAGGUUGGAAGAAAAGAAAGCUUUGCUCAAGUCAGAGUGUUUCUUGGGGGAGAGAAAGUAAAUGCUUGGCAGGGAAGUAAAUCACAAUUUUUUUUAAUUGCAUGUGUAUAUCUUUUAAGUGGACUUAUAUAAUUGUUUCCCCUUCCCCUUCACUGUGUAUUGACUGGGUCUCCUUAGUGCCGUAAGGAACCAAUAACAAUCUUCAAGGAUCAGUAACGCUGAUUUUGACAUUGUGUUACAAAGAUUUUGUUAAUAUAAUGCAGUCAAGGAAACGAUGAGACAAGAGGUUUUCGAGUUGACUGUGUUGUGGUGUAUCAUUCUUGGCCCAAGGCGAGGGUGACAAAAGCGAUCAUGUGUUACUCUCCUUGUGUUCAUCAUCCAAAGGCUUCCUCACCGUGAGAAUAACACGAACAGCAUCCUUAAGAAACAAGACCAUGAAAGGGUUACAGAACAAUCAUGGAUAAAAAAACCCAGUCAUAAACCAGUAUUAAAAAAAAUAAUAAACUAUGGAUUCCAAGCCUCAUGAUGUGUCGUGCUCGUCUGCUGUCAAAUGUUUCCAGAGGAAGGUGAACACGGUAUCACGCCGCACUCUCAUAAGGCCCUGCUGAUAGAAAGGCGAAGUUCAUGAAUAUUCUGGGGACUGGUGCUCCAAGUACAGACGUUGGCAGUGAGUGUGUUAAGUGUCAGUGCCACUUUGGCCCUCAACAGCUAGGGCCAACUUAAGUGCCACACACUCCAUGUAAGUCAUUAUCUCUCUACACGUACAGUACAUCACUGGUCAGUCAGGAGGUGCGGCUCUGUGGCGGAGAGGAGAUGAAGCUCCUUGUCACCGUAAACUCCUUCAGGAUAGUCAGUUACUAGUGUUUACAAACGAAAGUCAGAUUUCUUGUGCAUGAAUGGUGAGUCAGAAUUCAAUUGUUUGGAUGUUAAACAAAAUUCUAUGGCCUUACAGGUUGUUAGAAUUAUGUUGUCUAAACUGAAGUCAGAAUUCUAAUCGUUAUUCAGAAUUAAUCUGAAAGGUGCUCAGAGUUCAAUUAUGGUAAUCAGAACUCCACUGUAUGAAUGGUAAUCUGAAUGUAUUGUCUGAUCGGUAGUCAAUAAUUCUUGUUGUUUAUCACUGAUUAAAUUAUUUGAAUAUAAUGACCAAAACAAAAAGCCAGUAGGUAAUAUUACUUCAUAUUGUAAGAUAUAGGAAUAUGUCUGUAUGUUCACAGGUCUAUUUAAAAAGUAAACCCAUUUAUAUAUUUGUAAAAAUAAAUCUUUGUUUUACAAGUCAGGUUAUGAGAGGUAGAUAGCGAAUGUAAAUGAAGCUUAAUUUGGUAAAUGAUUUCUAUAAUGUGAUAAAUGACUUAUUGUAAUUAGGUGAAUGACAUGUAUUGUGAUAAAUGACUUACGUAAUUUGGUAAAGGAUUUAUGUAAUUUGAUAAAUGAUCUAUGCAAUAUGGUAAAUCGUUUAUGUACACUGGUAAUUGACGUAAACGUAAACUUAGUAAAAUAAGAAUUGUUCACUUAAAACAGUCUCGUCAAAAAUGGCCUCAGUUUUGUCAACACAUCUUCAUUACUCCACUAAUAACAUGUCUUGUUUAGGUUAAUGUAUAUACAACUAUUUUAAGAAUAUAAAUAAACUCUCUUUUCUAAUAAA